AUGUCAACUUCAGAUAUCACCAAGCUCAUACAAGAGCUCAUGGCCGCAGCAGUCUCUCCACCACAAGAUGAGAACCUCCGCAAGGAGCUUUACGAAGCAGCUCAGCGCUUGAGUCUAGCUAUCGAGUCGCCGCACGACACGGUAUACAGAGUCAUCUAUUCGCCCAUGAUCCUAAGUGUUGUUCAAAUCGCGAGCAAUAUGAAGAUAUUCACAACUCUUGCCGGGAAAUCGAGCCCCUGCUCUGCUAUAGACCUGGCUUCCCCUUCGGGAGCAGACCCAGUCUUCACAGCUCGGAUUGCGAGAUUCUUGGCAUCACAUGGGUUCAUCACUGAAGUGGAUGAGGACGUUUACCAGUCCAAUCAUUUGACAACCACUCUCAGCAUUGAUGGUUUCCGUGCUGGCAUCAACCAAGCGUUCCAAGGCAUUGCCCCAUGCCUUCAAGUUGCUCCUCAAUUCUUCAAGAACAGCAACUAUGCCAACCCAAGCAAUGUUGUCGAUACCCCCUUCCAAAAAGCCUUUCAAACAGAGCUACCUGCAUUUGUCUGGAUGCAAAGUCACCCUGAGAUCGUGGCAGAUUUUGGGCUUUGGAUGACCGCAGUCCAUAACGGCAAAAAGGCCUGGAUGGAUGUCGUCGACUUCACAGCCUUGGUCGGGGAAGCAGAUGCCGAGAUGCCUGUCUUUGUGGAUGUCGGCGGCGGUGUCGGAAGUCAGUGCGCCCUACUCAAGGCCAGGUUGCCCAACCUUACUGGACGUGUGAUUUUGCAGGACCUUCCGGUCGUAAUCGAGCAUCAUGCACUCCCUACAGACGGUGUCGAGAAGAUGGCUUUUGAUUUUUGGGGCGAGCAGCCGGUCAAAGGUGCUAGGACGUACUACUUGAGAAACAUCAUUCACGAUUACCCAGAUGAGAAGGCUCUCGUACUUCUCAAGAACACCAUCGCCGCCAUGGGUCCGAAAUCUGUGCUUCUUAUCGAUGAUAUGAUCAUCCCGAACAAGGGCGCUCAUCGACACGCUACCGAGCAAGACAUGGUUAUGCUGACAACUUUGGCAUCGAUUGAGAGAACGCAGAAGCAAUGGGACAUUCUACUAUCCUCUGCUGGCUUGAAAGUGCUGCAAAGAUCGGUAUACCUUGAGGAAACCGGUGACAGUCUACAAAUUGUUAUUCCUGAGAACAAGGUCAUAGACUCAUGA